AUACAAGCAAGCUGGAGUAGAUGGUAGUUUCCGUUAUCCGUUGUCGUGACUUUUUUUUUUUAUCACUAUACAGUAUACAAUUCAAAAAUCAAAAAUUCGAAAUCGGUGUUUAGAGUACUAUUUGCUCUACAUAUAUCAAGAUCUAUUCUUUAUAGAUUUUGACAUUAUAUAUUCAAAUCACGACACCGUUAAAAUCAAUUCGUGUUCAGAUCUAUUCGUUUGGAUUUCAUUAGAAAAUCGUUGUGUAAUAUCUUUUAUUGUUUAUCGUAUCCAAACGACAGAAUAGCGAAAUGGAACCUAUGGCUCUGGGAUCACCCUCGCAUGACAGUCCACAGAAACCUACUUAUCUUCCAGGUUACUUGAUGGGUGAGCGUGCUCAAUCGCCGAUUGGUAAUGUUUCCAUCAGCACAAUGUCUCCGUUACGUACUAAUCGUAGUCAUACCUCGGAUGUACACACUACGUUUUUAAUGAGAAAUUUUCAUCAUGAACUAAGCGAUAAACCAUCUUCCACUCCUAUCUCAAAUCGAGUCAAUGAUGAACCAACAAAAGCUCCAACAAUUGAUUUAUUUGAUAUGCUCAAUACUUCUGAUUAUAGAGAAGAGCAGUGUAACAAUAAAGAAAACAAACAAUUUUAUUCUGAUAAAAACAAUUUGUUGGAACAACCCAAAACUGCCCCGGGAUGUUGGAUUACAGUUUUUGGCUAUUCUAUUUCAAAUAAAGAUGAAAUAUUAUCUAAAUUUAUACACAUGGUGUCUUGUUGUGAUGUGAGACAAGCUGGGCCAAAUUGGGCACACAUAUGUUAUAGUGAUUCUACAGAUUAUCAUCGAGCUCUGUUAUUUAAUGGUCAUGUAACCAAUAAUGGAGCUAUGAUUGGAGUUAUUCCAUGUAAUGAUAAGACAAUUUUAAAUGAAAAUAUUAGCCCUACUGAAUCACAUCCAGGACAAAAUACUGAAGUUUUAUCAAAAUCUAUGCGUUCACCUAUUUUAGGUCAACAAUUUUCAAGUCCAAAUGAUUCAAUUUCCAAGAGAAAUAAUAUUAGACCAAUGGCUAUAAAACCUAUACCUAUUCAAGGAAAAGAUAACUCUCCUUCAGCUACAACUUCAAAUGGUAUUGUUACAAAAACUUUGGAAUAUUUGUUUGGUUGGUAGGUAAGAUACUUAAAUGUGCGUAUGACAAAAUCACUAAUAGAUUUUCAAACCAUUGUUUAUAUUUUAUUAAUUAAUAUUUUUUUUUUUUAAAUAAAUUUUUAAUUAAUAGCAAAUAAAAUUAUUAUUGAUAAUUUGAAUUUCAAA